UCAAAACAUAGCCUUAGAUGUCUGGCAUAUUACUGAAACACCCCAAAGGUUUAUGUUUCAGUUUCACACUCACCACUGCUGACACACACCAAAACCACCAUUGUUCAAAUUGAGCACCACGACACCACCAGCCACCGCCGGCUACCAGCAACCAACCCACCACUGACGAGGACGCACCACUACACCAGUCAUCAUCACCAACAUCUCUAUUUUUUAGGGAAUAUAGAAGAUUGCAACUUUUGAAGAUGGCUGCAACCUUUGCUUCCAGAUGUUCUCGUGUGGGCCGUUCUCUGUUCGGUGGAUUAAGCAACAGUUCCCCUGGUCUAUUUACCACGUCACAUGAGAUGACAUGCAACAGUUAUUUUUCUCAGCAACAACGAACCUUCAUACAGAUGAGGACUGUUCUGAAGGUUGUAGACAAUUCUGGGGCUAAAAAGGUGAUGUGCAUACGCGCGUUGGCAGGGAAGAAAGGAGCAAGAUUAGGUGAUAUGAUACAAGCAUCAGUGAAGGAAGCACAUCCUAAUGGAAAAGUGAAGAAGGGAGCAGUUGUAUUUGCCGUAGUUGUUCGUGCAGCAAUGCCAAAGGGGAGGUGUGAUGGCAGUGAGGUCAAGUUUGACGACAAUGCUGUCGUGCUUGUUGACAAACAAGGGCAGCCUAUUGGGACCAGAGUUUUCGGACCAGUUCCUCAUGAGUUGAGGCAGAAGAAGCAUGUCAAGAUCCUUACCUUAGCUGGGCAUAUUGCAUAGAUGGAAAGAGUCAUCCUCAAAUUUUAUUGUGGAAUCUAAUGUCACGUCCUAUCAUUCAUAUAAUCUGAAUCUUUUGGUAUGAAUUGUAAGGUUAGUAUAUGAUCUAUCAAAUCCUGAUGAAACACAGAAAAGGUCCAGAAGAGUUGGUACUCAAAUAAUGAGCAGUUGAUUUAGUUUCUAGCCCAACAUUUUUUUAGAGGCAAGACAUUCAUGUGUGGUUUCAUACAUAACAGUAUUUCUGAAUGAUUUUUUGUUUUGGUUUCCUUUGUUUUAUUCCACAAUGUGAUACUUGUAUUUGAUUGUACUGAAAUGAAUUUUUACUAAAUUGGAUAAA